GGCCGCUUCCUCCGUGUCCGCCUCCGCCAUGGCCGCCCCUGGCAACGAGACGCGUUGCUAACCGUGACGUCAUCACCGCGCGACGGAAAGCGGCCUAUCACCACACAGGGGCGUGACCACCGCCGUAUUUACAGCAAAGAUCCAGCAAUAAGUACAAUAAGUAACCAUGAAUGAGGUGCUGGAGACCCUGAAGAAGAUCGAGGACAAGUACAAGCUCUUCCAUCAGCAGCAGUUCACCUUCAUCAAAGCCCUGGAGCGCACCCGGGAGGAAGCCCAUGACAUGAUCAGACCUGUGUCAUCCAUUAUCCAGGUGCAGUGCUACAAGGACCAUCACUGCUUCAACGCCACAGACAGGCGCAUCCUCAACAUGUUCGUGUCCCUGUGCAACGAGCUGCGCUGCCUGUGCCAGAAAAUGGAGACGGCGCACGCUGGGGACAGCGUCACCCACGGCCUUUUGGAGAAGUGCAAAUUGCUCCUGAACGACAGCAACGACCUCACUGCCCUUCGAGCCCCGUACCCCCACAGGGUUGUGAACUUCCUGAGCGUAGAGGAAUCAAAGCAUCGCUAUGGAGGGGUGGUGAGCUUGCUGCCCAUCGUUCUGGACACCAUGAAGGCCUGGGUCACACACUCCAAGAAGUACCUGAUCCCCAAUGAGAAACAGUGUGAGAGGUGCAAGUAUGAAGACCCACGUUUAGGAAAGAAAGCUCCCUGGGUCCCACCAGGGAACACCUCCUGUUAGAGGAUCAGAGCUCCUGUGUCGUCUGCUCAGCACCUUUUAGCACCUGGCUGAUCUAAUACAGUGCAAUCAACACCAGAGAACCGUCCUGAGCCCACUUUCUGCAGCCAGCCCGGCACACAAGCGUUCCCUCUCCCUUGCUGAUGUUUGCACUCUGCCCUCACAUCCCCACAGGAGCAGCUCCAGCUGCUCCCUGGAGCCAGCACUGCAGUGGGAGCAGGGAUCAGUCAAGACUCAUGAGGUUCUAUUCUCUCACACAUGAAUCUUGGACAAUCAUUUGAAACAGGAUUUUACAUUUUCUGAGCCUUCUUCCUGAGGAACAUCCCCUCCUUGUCGCAGGUAUGGGGUGAAGCAGCUGCCUGCGUGAAGGAUGGGAUGCAAAGCAGCAAAGGCCUGGCAUUACAGAUUCAUACACGUCCCUGACAUUUAGACUUGUCUCUAAAGCUCCCUCAGCCCCACAGAAACAGUUUGGCUAGCGGGACUGCACACAGUCCCUGUUUACAGAACAAACUUCCCACAGGAUCCCGCCCCGCUGCCCCUCCCCGCCUCCCCCGGCCCCGCCCGGGCUCCCGUUCACCUGCAGGAGCUGGAAGAGCCCCCGCUCCUCCGCGUAGGCGCCCGCGGGCGGCGGCCACGGCCGGGCCGCUUCCUCCGUGUCCGCCUCCGCCAUGGCCGCCCCUAGCAACGCGACGCGUUGCUAACCGUGACGUCAUCACCGCGCGACGAGAAAGUGGCCUAUCCCCACACAGGGGCGUGGC